CCGGCUCUCCUUCGAUUUAAGAAGCCCGCCUCCCUCGUUCCCCUCUUUCGAUCUAGAGCUCUGGGUUUCCCUCUCCUUGGCAUUUCGGAGUCCGGAGAAUCCUGAGAUCCCAACCCUCGUUCAUCGAACUGCACCGGUUCAAUAACAGACUGCGAGCAAUGAUAAGAAUACAGAAGUAGAGGGCCCAAUGCUUUGAAAUAGCAGCGGCAACAUACUCGACAUAAAGAAACACGAGCUUCAGAAUAUAUCAGAUAAGUACCACAAAUUAGAUGAUAUUCUUACAUUUGAUUUGGGUUUGCAGAAGCAUGUUUAGGAGAGCUUCUUACUGUAAUGUACUCAGAACCAGACUAAAAUCUUGACAGUUCUGAUAUCGUCAAUGCUGAAGAGUUUUAUCUGAUAGAAACCCACCAAACAUCUUGAAUCCAGUAUUUUGCAAAGAUUUUGAUAGGUCUUAUAAUUGAUAGAUAUGAAAAUGAAAUCUCGUAUUGACCGUUGGGUUGGUAUUAUAAUGUAUAUCUUUUGCAUUCAUUCAUGGCUGAAAGGAAUCCUCUGAUUGAUCAGUACCGACUUAUCCUGUUGUAUUACUCUCCAACGGUGAGUGAACUGCAGUUAGGCUGUUGCUUUUGCUCUACUACAAAAAUAUUCUUAUAACAGAAGGAGACAAGCAGAUGAAAAGAGUUGCAUCAUAAGAGCUGCAUGCUCUCCCAGCUUUCCUUAGUUCCAUUCUUUUCGCUAUGGACCAAUGAUGGUUGUCGAUUUUGUCAUGUUUCUCGUUUAAUAUAUUUAGGCAGUUUGAUUCAGUGCUAAAUGCCUGGUGUCAAGGUCUCUAUCUUGUUUAAUCUAUGCUGACUCAGUCACUGACACAUUGCUUUUGGCAGUAAUCACCAUGAAUGGACCAGCAAUCGAAGGCGCUUCUUGGUAGUUGGACCAUCUUCUCGUCACUGCUUCAGAUAUACGUAUUCUAUUGGGAUGGAGUCUAGUUAGCCUCCGUGUGGGUUGGAGAGGACACACGGACUCGGCAAAACCGUCGGCGUCGCCACGGAUGUGACCCAGCUGCCCUUCCUUCGGACGCGCUGACGUUCGCCCGCCGAAAGCGAGGGAGGUCUUUGUCGACCCAAUCUCCGCCGACCAUCUCCGUCCACGCUCUUGGGGUGACCGUCUCUUGUCCGUGCCUUCCCUGUCUUCACCCAUCAUGUUACCUCCUUUGCGACGACGCCAACAGGUGGGUCCCAGGAUCCUUGGCCUGCUGCCUCCACGCACAUCACGCGGGUACCAUCGGAGUCAGCGGAUGAAGAUUAUGAAAAUAGUUUGAGGAAAUGGGCUACUAAUGGCAGCUGCAGAAGCAAGGGCUGCUUGGCAGCGCACUGCGAACCGUUGUCUAGUCCAGGAAGAUGCAAAACGAGCUCCAAAAUUAGCUUGUUGUCCAUCGUCUACCCCACAAAAUGAUUUAGGCAAUGGGAACACCGCAAUUGCACAAGAUAAUUCUGUUCCCAACUUGAUGCCUUUGAACAGGAAUUCCAUGAAUGCUAAUCUUUCACCUGAAACAAAAUGGUGGCUUCAGCUGCAACCCAAUUUUGGAUACCAAAAGGACUUUAUCUUUGAGAAACUAAGCUCCUUAGAAGAUGAAGUUGAUGAGAAGGACAUGGAAACUAUGGUCCCAACAUCAAAGUUGGAUCUGGAAUCUUUGCCAAUUGACUUUAACAAUUUUGUUCUUAAAAAGGAAGAGAGUAUUCUGGAACCACCUUCGAUGGUAUCAUCAACUGUCGUGAUGCAUGAUUCUGAAACUAUGGUCAAAGAUAUUAAGACAGCAACCAGUAAUCCACAACAGUUUCCAAAGCAGAAGGCACCUGUGAGUGAUUAUUUUCAUAAGAAGAACGAACUUCUGGAUAUGGAGUCAGUUGAUCAAUUAAGUUUGACAAGGCCAGAAAAGGCUUCUUCGGACCUUGAAACACCUUGGACUGGGAGUAAUAACUCUGAGCCAUGGUGGCGUAUUGCAGACAAAGAUGAGUUGGCUUUAUUAAUUGCCCAAAAAUCAAUGCAACAGCAUAUUGAAAACUGUGAUCUGCCUAAACCCAGAGAGACAAUUCAUGUUACUAAGAACCUUUCUUCUUCUGAGAAUAUGGAUAAAUGUGGGAAUUUUCAAUCAUCAUCGGGAAGAAAGUUAAGUGCAGACAUAAGCAAUGCCAACGAACACUCACAUAAUACAUUUUCUUUUGCAAACUCUGAGAACAAGAAUUUGUCUUCUGGUGAAAGAGGCUAUAUGCUACAUGAUUCAGAGAAAUUGUACAGCCACACACGAGGUUAUGUAAAUGAUGAACAACAUGAAGAUAACCAUACAUCUGAGCAUGACCUUUCAAGGGCUGAGCUGCUGGAGGCACUUCACCAUUCCCAAACCCGAGCUAGGAUAGCUGAAAUAGCAGCCCAGAAAGCUUAUGAUGAGAAGGAACACAUAGUCAAGCUGUUGUUCAGACAGGCAUCACAUCUAUUUGCAUACAAGCAGUGGCUACGAGUGCUGCAACUCGAUAACAUUUUUCUCCAACUCAAGAUCAAGGACCAUCAGAUAGCGACGAUCAUCCCUGUGCUGCCCUGGAUGCCAUUGAAGGGGAAACUCUCAGGCAAAGGUAACAUAACAAGAAACGGGAGUAAGAAGCACAAACGUCACAUAUGCAAAUAUGCCGUUGCCUUUGCUGUUGGGUUGGGUCUGGCUGGUGCAGGGUUGCUCUUAGGUUGGACAAUUGGCUGCUUGUUUCCCUCUAUAUAGAUCUCUAUAGUUCAGAAAUAUGCCAAUUUCUUUGAACCAAAUGACUCCCAGGCUCCUUUUAUCUCAGGCAAGCGAGUGAAUAUUAGGCCCAUAUUUUGUGGGCUGAUGUGAAAUCUUGGGUAUAUGGGGUGGCUCAGAUCAUCGUCACUGGAGGAUUCAUCUUUUGUUGUAUAUAUGGUUUCUCAUGUACAUACGUUGAAUCUGAAGUUGUACAUGCGUUUAUUAUGCACA